AUGUCUGCUAUCAUUAGAGAGGCCGCAAGCCAACUGGUCAAGAGCUUAGAAAAGCUGCCCCAAGAAAGAGUAAAGCAUAUCGUGUCGUUGAAGGAAUCGCAACUGGAAAGGUUUAGACCGGUUGCAGGAAUGGAAAGUACUACGCAGGAAGCCAAACAAAAGCCCUCGUUACAAGAUAUAAAAGACAUCAUCAAUAGAACAUCGGGCCCUCUAGGAAUGCAAAAGGACGUUUUGGAAAAAGUCAACAAAAUGCUUCCUCAGGAGCAUUACAACGUGGAAACACUGCAGGAACAAACGCAUGCAGUGAACAAUCUUCUGAACAACAAAUACAAAAACUACUAUGCUGUUGGUGACAAACUGAUGAAACCGCAGGGCAAUGCUAACUACUACCAGCGUUUGAUGGAUGAAAUUGAGGGUAAGCAAAAGGAAACGUUCUGGUCAGCGAUGAGAACGGUAGUGUUCGGAAAAUAG